AUGGGCUGUGCCGAUCUGAGCCGUGUCGUGCCCGGCCGCCCGCGCUCCCGCCGCGCCGGUUCCGCGCCAAUUUGCAGAGAGCGGGGAGGCGGCGGCCUGCGCCGCGCCGUGCAGAGCCGGGACGGGCCGGGGGCGCCUCGGGGGUCAGGCUGGGGUGGGGGCACAGCCGCUGCCCGCGCUCGCUCUCCCUUCAGAAGGGGCCGAGCCGCCGUCUGCCCCUCUCCCGCCGCAGCCGCUGAGGGGACGCGCGUUGCCCGCCCAGGGCCGUCGCCCCUCACAGCGGCGCCCAGCAGCGAUCACUGCCCCGGGAAGGAGGACACUGCGGGGCCGGAUGGGGCCGCGCGCGGACACCCACCCCCACGCUCUCCUCAGCUGCUCUCCUUCCAGAACGGUGCCGGGCGGGCAGCCCGCUCAUUGCCCCCCUCCCCUCACACCGGCACUGCCGGGACCGGGACCGGGACCGCCACCCCACCUUCCACCAGCACCACCACAACCACCGCAGCCUCCACCACCAUCCUUACCACCGUAACCACCGCUACCCCUAUCAUCAUCCCCACUGCCACCACGGCCUACCCCCCCCCCCAUCCUCCCCCCCGCCCUAACGCACCUCCACUACUGCUGCCCGGGCCGCACUGCUCAGCUGGCGCCGGCGCCAAGUCCCUAUAUACCGCGGCCGGGCCCGCGCUGCGCAUGUGCAAGGGCGGCAGACAGCUCCACCGCCCUCCUGCCGCCGGCGCCCUCGCCCCGCUCGCCCCAGCACCGCCCCUUCUCCGCUGGGCCGCCCCAGGCCCAGCGGCUCGCCUGCCCAUCGUUGUGAUGGGACACCCUGCUACCCGAACCAGCUCCCUUGGAGGAGGCGUCCCAGGACAACGGCGGGCAGCGUCGGAGGGAGCGCUGUCACCGCUGCCGCCGCGCAGGGAGAACCGCUCCGCUGCCCGUCGCCCGCCCCAGCCCCGCUGGCGGGAGCCCCCCAGCACCGUCACCCCGAUCCGCUGCACAGAGCCCGGCGUCCGCUCCCCGCCGCGGGGGGAAGCUCCGCCGGCAGCCUCAUGCGCAGCGCACGCCGCGCGCCCGGCACGGCUCAGCCCGUCCCCUCGGGGGCGGGGCCUCCGCCCGCUGCAGCCAAUGGGAGCGCGCGGCCCCGCGACAACGUGCAGCGGGCUGCGGAAUGUAAACACGGCCCCGCCGCGCGCGCCCUGCGGCGCCCCGCCCCGCUCGGCUCCCGCCGCGGCCUGA